AAAACUACAAAUAAAAUAAUGUUUCUGUAAUUGAAUGAUCUAAUUUUUGAUAUUAAAUAACACUUAAACUAAAACUGGAGAAUUUUAAAGUGAGUUAUGAAGAGAUAAAUAUUCAAGUGAAAAAAUAAGAAACAAAAAACAAGAAAAAUCAUGGAGACCUUUUUGCAAAGUAAGGAAAUUAAAAUUCCCAAACCAUUAGUAAAAUCAAAUAAAAUGUCACCUUCGAAAAUUGAAUUCAAAAGUUCGUUCGCUCGAUCACUUUCUUAUAAUUGUAAUUACCAUGAAAACCACAAUGAAGAAUCGAAAUCGUUAGAUUUUGAAAUCAAUCUUAGUCAGUGCCCUGAUCAGUGCAAUGGAACAGAAAGCGAUAAUGCAUGUUGUGAUGAAAAUGGUCAAAAAUUAACCAGCUCAGAUGAAAAUUUAGGUAUCGGCAAUUUCAUCGAAAGUUUUAAUAAAUCCGAUGAAGAUAAAGAGAGGCAAUUGUGGUCUAAGCGACAGCAUCAACAGAUUUCAAGUGACAGUCACCAUAACUCUAGCGAUGCUGAAAUUUUUCGACUCAGAAAGGAAUGUCAGAAUCUCAUUGAGGAAAAUCGGAGACUCCAAUUAAAUGGAAAGCAUCCAAUGAAAAUAUCUUCAUUGCCUUUCAGCUCAGUGCAGCUUGAUUGUAGUAGCGGCGUUGAAAAUGUGGUGUUACAGACGAAAAUUGAAACUCUGCAAUGGCAGCUUAGGCAGGUGGAAAGUAGUCGACAAAUGUAUCGAGCGAUUAUGGAAGAAGUCGCACGAUACUUGGAGAAAUGCCAUCUGAACUUUGAACUCCUACAGCAACGUGAAAAAGCUAGAUUAAUGGAGAGAUCAAAAAGUAUAACACAUAUUGCUAAAACUAAGAUCACUGACACAUCAUUGGCGACUUGCGCAGUCAAAGAUGCACGAUCUCGAAGUAGCACUAAUUUAUUAAGUGUUAACACAUUGACACCGCAAAGGCCACAAAAAUCUGGAACACUUCUGAGUGAUUUAUCAUACAGUGCUUUCAAAGAUUUUACUUGGCGAAGAACACCAAAAAAUAAAACAGUUAAUUCGUCAGAACAUAAACCGGAAAAUGCUUUUAAAGAAAUUCAAGCUCAACAAUCAUCACCGAUUUUUGUGGGAAGCAAACAAUGGAAUAAAAAUGAGCGAGAAUUUGAUGCUGAAAAAUUGUCAAAAGAAGCUUUUCGACUUUCGAGGACCGUCCAAAAUUUUCUUAACACUCAUGAACCAAUUUUAACACAAACCGAAAGUGCAACUGAAACCAACAGUUUUGAACGAACGACAUCGGAUCAUCAACGAAAUGAUUUCUUAUUUGGUUUUGAUCGUGAAUCUCAUUCGUCACUUCGCAGCACUGAUGAGUAUUCGGUUCAUUCGUCUUCAAAUUCCUCAAAUUCAAAAGAGGAAGAAGAUCCAGCAAUACUUCCGAAUACAUCGAGUAAAAAAUUAAACAGUAUUCUAACAAAAUCCGCCACGAAAUCCAAAAGAUUUUCCACAUGCCAUCAAACUGAAGAUGAGAGCGGCUUUAGCAGCAUGAACUCUUUUCACGAAAUCGGCUUGCCAUUGCAUUCAACAAUGCUUUCCUUGAACACAUCUAUUUUAUCAACCUCUGCCAAUGAGUCAGCUUCAGACACUCUUACGUUUAAAAAGGAUGAAUUAAAGGAUGAUAUAGGUUUACCGAUGUCUCCAGCGACCAAACUACCAAACAACCACCGAAAAUACGACUCAGCUCCAAUCACUCAAAUUUCAAAGAUGAAAAUUCUCGAGAAUGAUGAAAAUUCAAUGAAAGUUUUAUGGGUCUAAUUUGUAACUUAAAAUUUGUGCUUAUGCUUAACCAAAGCUUAUGAUCCCGAAUAAGUUUAUUGUCACCGAAACAGAAAUUUCAUGUUAUUUAAUGUUGUUUGUACACUUAUAUAAUAAAUUUCUGCUAAAUUAUUUAACCAUUCUCUAACUUUUCAUUUGGUAGAAAAAAAUCUGUUUCGAUCAAAGUAAAACAUUGUUUAAUUUGAUAUUUUAAGAAAUAAAACACUUCACAAAUCAAAACA